AUGUGUUCACCAAGCACAUCAAAUGUUCGAUUUAUUACUUUCAUAAAUACAAGUUAUAUUGAAGCAGAAAACCUUGAUAAUUUAUUUGGAAUUUUUUUAAGAGUGGAGGUGGCUGUGCUGGUUUUCAGCUGGAUAGAGUUCCUGUACACGUUCUACCUUCUUAUCUUUGUCCGAGCCAUGCAUUUCAACCUCACAUUCCUUUUUAUUAACUACGGAGGCCAAUAUUUCGGAUCAAUGUUGUCAAGAUGCAUUAUUAUCUAUAUGCAGCUGUACCCAGAUAAAAACCUUGAGUAUAUUAUCCCACUUGCAAAUUACGUCCGAACAGUCUGUCUGUUCAUUGCAAUGUAUAUUCUCCCAAUAUUUAUGGUUGAACGAUGUCUAGCCUCGUUUUUAGUGAAGAAUUAUGAGAAAUCGAGGAAAGUUUGGGUAUCUUUGAUGAUACUUUCAAUAUUUCAUCCGCUGGUUUUUGCAUCAGCAAUUGCGUAUAUCCAAUGUUGGCUCCCUGUCCCAUUCCACGUUGCCUCCUUCUUUAUUGUCAAUAUUAUCGGCUACAUCGGAGUGGAGAUUUGCUUUCUUUACAAUUCCAAAAGAUACAAAAAAUUUUCAUUAGUGGGACUAACAAAAUUCAACUAUGGCCUAAGCGAACGCUUCCAGUUGGCUGAGAAUAUCAAAAUGUGCAAAGUUUUAAAAAAAGUGCAAAUCGCUAUCCUAUUUUUUAAUAUCGGAUGUUCUUCUAUCCUUCUAAUGGAUUACUUCCGAGUGGAUAUCAUGAUUACAUACUUUUCAUACGUGGCAUUCAAUUUUCUAGCGCUUGUAUACGGUAUCACUAUCCCAAUAAUUGUUCACUUUCUGCUACCGGAAUGGCAAAAGGAAACACGCAGAUUGAUACAUUCCUGUUUGUGUUGUUGCUUGAGGCAUGCAGUUCAAGAGGCUCCGAAAACGACAUUUGGAGAAAAAAUGAUAUAUAAAGAUCAUAGUCAGGAGGCAAAUAUAUACUUUAAUCAGUUUAAUAAAGUCACUCUUUGA